AUGCCAGCCUGCUCCACCUUCAAGGCAAGCGGCGAGACCGCUUCUCGCACUGCUGCUGUCAACACGCUACUUAUUCGUGAUGACUGGAAGGAUGAAGAAGCGCGACAAGCUGCUCCGUCGCCUUCGCUCGCGCCCAACUUUUGCAAGACUUCGGGGCAACGACGAUGCCGAAGUGCGCAGUGUAGAGAGUACCAGCACGAGGGUCAGUCGUGCCCUGAGCAAGAGAAAGUCGGUUGCAGACUCUUUGAGAGUAUAUCCUGGGUCUCCGCCUCUUCGAUCUGUUCGCAGCGACGAGGAAGCAGACACUGGACCAGAAGCGGAGCCGCAAACAACGACAGAACUCGGGCCCGCUGCAGAUUCUGCGGAAGUGACGAGGAUACCUUCCAAUAUGACCCUAGAUACUUUGCACACAGUCGAUACCCUACACGAUUCACCCCCUGGAAGUAUUUUAACAAAGACGAGGCUAAAGGCGCGGCAUCUCUUCCCGAAGAGUCAUGGUCGUUGGCACGAGGACAUUUCUUCGCCGGAGAGGAACUCAGCCAGUCCACCGCCCGAGGACAGCUCGCAAUACCCAGCAAGCGUGAGAUCAAGCGCGACGAGCAUACUAUCCAAAAGCAAGCGCGUACCAGCACGCGUGAAGUCAAAGUUGAAACGCAGCUUGACGGUGGUGCGGACACAACUCCGUCGGAAGCGUGGAAUCAAGCAAGCGGUGCCAGAUCCCAUGUUGUGAACGUGGCGGAUCGUGUACGAGCAUUCGAGUCGAAGGCGACAUGUCCAUUCUCAGUCACGACCACACGCAAAGAUGGCAAGACGCGGGCCGACACGACAAGCACGCGAGAUGAUACCGAACAGCCCGUUCCCCUCGUCUUUCCUUUGCACGUCAGACGCUUUACUAGAAGGACAGGUAAUGGAAGGUUUCUACGACCGCAGACGCCGCUCUACAGAUCUUGUCCGGACGAUGACACAGAGAUACAUGCGCCGCUUCCUCAGAGGACGAUACCGAUAGUGAGGUCGCCCAUUGAGCGGAAUGUUGCGCCUGCAGGAACUUUCCCCGACGAUGAUCUGGAGCGCGAGCUCGAUCGACGAAGCGCGGACGGCCUCGCUGCGCCUCAUUCAUUGUCGGGCGAUGAUGCCACGGCGAAGGCCGCAGAUCCGGCCAAGACACCACUGGCACUUCCCCAAUACCAAGUGAACCCCCAAGAAUGGCCUAUGCAGACUCCUCAGGCCAUUACCACGCGGGUAGGCCCAGUGUCUCAUUUGCAUGGUCGUCGCAACUCGUGCUUUCGGCAUGGCAGGCAGAUGACCACAUUCAAAGGCACUCGAGAUCUCUACGAUCAAGGCGGCAGAGGUCAAUAUGUUGCGGCAGGUUUUGAUGAACCACGGAAUGUAGAUGCUACCAGUCCCUAUUUGGUGCACAACUUGACGAGAUACUCGAGAGCCCUCGACAGAGAUGAUGCAUGCCCUGACUGCGUGGCUGAACUGAGCAUUCGAAGACGCGAGCCAGAGGCUGAGAACCCCUCAUGCGCCGAGAUGCCAAUUGCUUCGAAUCUGCUCCAAGACCAUUCCACCUUCGAGGACAAUAUUGAGCAAAAGGGUACCGACUCGGCUGGCAUAUUGCGUAGCUUGCAUAACACAAACGGACCUGCGGUGAUACCUCCACUGGGCCAAAAGUCGUGUCAAGUUGAAGACGACACAGACAGCACUUCGCUCGACGCACUAAAAGAGUCGCGAAUGACUGCAGCUGACGAAGAUCGUAGGGGUAGGUCUCCAAAUCCCAGCGGGUAUGCCGCAACCUCGGACAGCAAUGGAGAUGACAGACUGGAAGAUGAAGACAAGAUGGUUUUGACGUCAGAUCUUGGUGAGGGUUUGGAUGCAGUGAUCCUGGAAAGAGGAGGACGACUUGAGCGAGUGAUCAUGAACCUCAGGAAGAAUACGCCUACAGUGGCAGCCCUGCUACGACUCUCUCGCGAAUUGAUCCAGGUGGCGGAUGCCUUGGAAGUAGCUGCUUCGCAGGGGGCAGAUUCGACGGAUGGUGCUCACUCGAGCCCAGGCGAGCCAACAUUCUUCCCCGCCCAAACAGUAAGAGCAGACUUGGACAACACGCCUCCUCGCAUAACCGACAGCACCGUCACGCGCCAGUGCAACAUCCCAUCCACUAUCGCUGAUUGUGAUAUUGCACACUGCCAAGCCGUCCCAAGCCAGGAACUGUUCAAGCCCUUUCCGAGGCGAGCAUUGACCAAAGCACCUUUACCUUCGGCAGGCGCACGCAUCGCGAAUCGGCAGAGCAUUGAAGCUGAUUACAAGGCACUGCGCAAGCACUUCGGACGUGGGAGCAGCUAUGACGAGGCCGAAUUCGCCGAAUUGGGCGCAGAAGACCGUCUACAGAUGCGCGCCGCUCGCACAUUUCGGACAACACCUCUAGGUCACAACAGCGAUCCAAGACUCCUCAAAAUGGCCUCCGUAUGCUCUCCACGCGACGUCUUCUCUGACGAUGUAGCGUCCUUGGGCGUUCCGAACAUCUCCGUUACAGACAAUGGCAACUACGAAUAUGAUCCAAUUCCACUACCAUCGCACAUCCUCAAAGCACGGGACAUGAUGUAUCUACCACUUUCCUGGAGGACAACUGGUACUCGAUCACCUCCGCUAUUCUCCCAGUCGACUGGUGUAUCUCCCAACGCUUCUGCGACCAGCUCUACCGAGCACAGUCCUAUAAGAGGCAUCGAUUCUACAGUAGCGGACCGCCCACGAGUGCACACGUGGAAGGAGCUGACUGACGCGACCGCUCCCUCGCCUGAUACAGCACGAAGUGGGCAGACAUCGUCUCAGGAUCACCGCGUUUAUUCCGAGGAUCAGAGUCUGCGACACGCAGAUAGGAUUGGCAAGAAUCAAGCCGUGCAUGAAGCUGCAGCAUUGGAGCGACAGACGAGACGGCGGAGGUAUACGAAAUCACAAGUGAGGGCGUUGGACGAGUAA